GGGAGAGGGCGCCGCGCGCGCACUGGGGACCAUCGCGGGGGCGCGCGCCUCUCGGGGCGGGCAGCGGCGUGGGCGGAGAAGCCUCGUGGGGAGCGCGCGCGCGCCCCGGCGAGGCGCUUGCAGGGUCUGUCGCCGCUGCCGCCGCGGGUGGCGGGCGGAACUUUGGCUGGGGGCGUCGCCAGCGGGCUCUGCCCUGCACCGGCCUGGGACAAGUGCUGAGCCAGCCCGCUGCCCCCAGGGCGGGGAGUGGAAAAAUGCAGCGAGUGACCCGCGUUAACCAGUAACAGAGUCAGGGGCUAUAAGUGCUUAGUCCUCGCCGAGGCUGCAGCCAGCGCCGGAGCAAAGAAACCACCCCCUCUCCCCAGGUCUCGUGCCUUCCUCCGAAGCAGGAAAUGUCAUCCAUUAAGGUUGAGUGUGUUGUCAAUGAGAAUUGCAAAAUUGGAGAAUCUCCGGUCUGGGAAGAAAAGGAAAGCUCACUUAUAUAUGUGGAUAUAAGUGGUAAAAAGAUUUGCCGAUGGAAUUCAUUCACCAAGCAAGUGCAAAGUGUUUCUGUGGAUGCUCCUGUUAGCAGCGUGGCCCUUCGGAAAUCUGGGGAUUAUGUCGUUACCCUGGGAACCAGGUUUGCUGGUUUAAAAUGGAAAGACCAGUCAGUAACCACCAUUGUUCACGUUGACAAGGAUAAACCAAACAACAGAUUCAAUGAUGGGAAAGUGGACCCUGCAGGGAGGUUUUUUGCAGGUACCAUGGCUGAGGAGAUUCGACCUGCUGUGCUAGAGAGACACCAAGGUGCUCUGUAUACACUCUUCCCUGAUCAUUCUGUAGUGAAGCAUUUUGAUCAGGUGGACAUCUCUAAUGGCUUGGAUUGGUCACUGGAUCACAAGACUUUCUUUUACAUUGAUAGCCUGUCCUUCUCUGUGGAUGCCUUUGAUUAUGACCUGCAAACAGGAAAAAUUUCCAAUCGCAGGAGUAUGUACAAGCUAGAAAAGGAAGAAAGCAUCCCUGAUGGAAUGUGUAUUGAUACAGAAGGCAAACUGUGGGUAGCCUGUUAUGAUGGAGGGAGAGUGAUCCGUCUAGACCCUGAGACAGGAAAAAGAAUCCAGACUGUGAAGCUGCCUGUUGACAAGACAACUUCCUGCUGCUUUGGUGGAAAGGAUUAUUCAGAAAUGUAUGUGACUUCUGCAUGUCAAGGAAUGGAUGAUGAAUCGUUUUCACGGCAACCACAGGCUGGUGGUAUUUUCAAGAUAACUGGACUAGGGGUGAAAGGAAUCCCACCACAUUCAUUUGCAGGUUAAAUAUUCACUCUUCAGAACAAAGUACACGUCCAAAAGCAGGAGCAGCUUAAGCAAGAAACAUAUUAAAGAAGUACUUGAGCUGGAAUUCUGCAUCUCCUGCAUUUGAAACCACAGCUCUGUGGGUAGACUUCUGGCAGAAACGGAUAAAUGAAGCAACUUUUGAAAUGCAUCAAAUUUUUCAAAAUUCUUUGUUUUCUUGGUCUCUUGUGUAACUUUAAAUAUCUCCUGUAAUUUUCUAUAACACUAAAAUCACUCUCAUCUUAAUAAACUUUGGAAUAUAACUUGAA